AUGGCAGAGAACAAUGGAGACAAUUUGGAAUUGGAAAGACCAUAUUACGCAUGCUCAUAUUGUGGAAUCUCUAAUGCAUCCUGUGCUGUCAAAUGCGAGAUAUGCAAUAAAUGGUUUUGCAAUGGGAAGCUAGGCAACCGAGGAUCACACAUCAUCACCCAUUUGGUUCUUUCAAAACAUAAUUCGGUGUCGUUGCAUCCCGACGGAGAUUUGGGUGACUCCACACUCGAAUGUUACAAUUGUGGAAACAAGAAUAUCUUUGUUCUAGGAUUUGUUUCUGCAAAGCAAGAAAACGUUGUUGUCAUUCUUUGUCGUCUGCCUUGUGCACAGCAGAAAGACUCGAACUGGGAUACAACGGAGUGGCAGUCCUUGAUCGAAGAUCGUCAGCUUUUGUCCUGGGUUGCACAUUACCCUACAGACGAAGAUCUAAUCAAUGCGUCAUCCAUUACGUAUGACCAAAUAAUCAAACUUGAAAUGAAAUGGAGACUCGAUAAGAAUGCUACUAUCGACGAUUUAGAAGAAGAAAAAGAGGUUGAAAUAGCUCCAAUCUUGAUGCGCUAUACCGAUCCUUACCAAUACCAGAGGUCCUUCGCCCCUUUGGUGAAGAUAGAAGCUGAUUAUGACAAGGCGAUGAAAGAAAGCAGAGGCUUGAAUUAUAUAUCGGUUGAAUGGUCCUUAUCGUUGAACAACAAACAUUUAGCGUCCUUUUAUUUUUCAACCUCUGACUCUGCCGAUCUGAAAGUUGCGGUCGGUGAUGAAAUGAUUUUGAGAUAUGACGGCCCAGAGAUGGACUCUCCCUGGGAAGGUUCAGGUUAUAUUAUCAGACUACCAGAUGCACGCCAAGAAGAAUACACCUUGGAAAUGAUUCAUUCUACAAAGCAGCAGAAGCCACCAAUUCACAUUACCAACAGGUUUACUGCGGAGUUUGUUUGGAAGGGCACAUCGUAUGAAAGAAUGCAGGAUGCAAUGAAAGUAUUUGCUCUUGAUUCCAAGUCUAUAUCUGAAUACCUUUGUUUCAAGCUGCUGGGACAAGAUGUUCCUGAUGUUUUCUUUGAAGUGAAUUUACCAGAUGAUUUGUCGAUACCGAAGAUGCCAAGUUUGAAUGCUUCUCAACUCUAUGCCGUCGAAACUGCCUUGAAAUCUCCACUUACCUUAAUUCAAGGUCCUCCGGGAACCGGUAAAACUGUUACUUCAGCAACAAUCGUCUACCACUUGAGCCAUAUGUAUAAGAAAGAAAAGAUUUUAGUGUGUGCUCCGUCAAACGUCGCUGUUGACCAUUUAACUGAAAAGUUGACUAAAAUGGGUAUCAGGGUUGUGAGAUUGGUUGCCAAAAGUAGAGAAGAUGUCGACUCCAGUAUCACAAAGUUCUGUUUGCACGAAUUGGUCAAGAAGAAGGCAAAGGGUGAGUUUAAGAAGUUGAUAAAGUUAAAGGAAGAGUUGGGUGAAUUGUCUUCAUCAGACAACAACACUUACUUUUCGUACUUGAGAAGGUAUGAGCGUGAAAUUCUCAAUGCCUGUGAUGUUGUUUGCUGCACCUGUGUUGGUGCUAAAGAUAAAAGAUUGGAUAAACACAAGUUUCGAACUGUUUUGAUUGACGAAUCUACCCAGGCUGCCGAGCCAGAGAGUUUGAUUCCAAUUGUCAAAGGUUGCAAGCAGCUCAUCCUAGUCGGUGAUCACCAGCAGUUGGGACCGGUCAUUCUCAACAAAAAGGCUAGUGAGGCAGGCUUGAGACAAUCGUUGUUUGAAAGACUGAUUGUGUUGGGUCAUACGCCGAUCAGAUUAGAGGUCCAGUAUCGUAUGCACCCGUGCUUAAGUGAGUUUCCAAGUAACAUGUUCUAUGAUGGUAGUUUGCAGAACGGUAUUACGAACGAAGAUCGACAAGUCUUCAACUCUUCAUUCCCCUGGCCCAUCAGGGAUACCCCAAUGAUGUUCUGGGCUGUCUACGGACGGGAAGAAAUCUCAGUCAGCGGUACCUCCUACUUGAAUAGGGUGGAGGCCAUGAAUGUCGAAAGAAUUGUCACCAGGUUGUUUAAAGACGGCGUCAAGCCUUCGCAGAUUGGAGUCAUUACACCCUACGAGGGUCAAAGAAACUACAUCCUACAGUACAUGCAAAUGAACUCCGCAUCAACCAACAAGGACAUGUACGCUGAUAUUGAGGUUGUUUCUGUCGAUGCGUUCCAAGGUCGUGAAAAGGACUACAUCAUCCUUUCGUGUGUCAGAGCAAACUCGCAGCAGCUGAUUGGUUUCUUGCGUGACCCACGUCGUUUGAACGUUGCAUUGACCCGUGCAAAGUAUGGGUUAAUGAUAUUGGGUAACCCCAAGGCAUUGAACAGAGAUAAGUUGUGGAACCAUUUACUUACCUUUUAUCGGGGUAAAGGUUGUUUAGUUGAGGGCCAGAUCGACAAUCUACAGCUUUCAUCUAUACAGUUGACCAGAUUCCAGCCGAAGAACAACGAGUUCAUUAAUUCAAAACCCACGAGAUCGACUACAUCCUUUGAUGCAACAUCUCUUGUCUCCUACGAGGGCUCGACCUUUGGCACCAGAAGAAAGAAUCCACUUCUCGAUGACUCCAAAUGGCCAGCAUUGGAGGCUAGUGGCGGAACUUCUAGAAACGUCCACGUACACGGCGACGACACAGAUACCAUUGUCUCCUAUUCCGAGACUUCCGAGCCACACAAUUUCCGUCAUGGAAAUAGUAACCCCACAGGGAGAACCGAUGAGUACGACGACGACGAGGUAGCAAAUAACAUCAAGAAAUUAACAGCGCAGUUUGGAGGUGAGCUAGUGUUUUAA